UUUUCUUUGAUGACAUCAACUCAAUUAUGCCGGUCAUGCAAACUUGUAGGCAUACAUUCGUUACUUAAUAGAAAACUUUUUAGUUUUCCACAAAAAAUGAAAUUGGAACUUUUAACGGUUUUUUUGCUUAUAGAAUUAACUACAAUGUAUAGUAUUCACGAUGAUUUAGCCGAAACUACCAAAGACACCACAUUCGGUCUUCUGCUGCAAGAAAUAAUAGUGAAAUCAUUGAGUCCCUACAAGUGCAUAAUGAUUUUUACUGACGAAAUAAACUCAGAUGUGUUUCAAAGAAAGUGGUUCAAAAGAUUCGGAACGGCAGUUUCAUACGUUUUAGUAAAAGUAAAAGAUUACGAUGAUCUCUAUGCCCCGAGCCCUGAAAUUCAACUUAGCUUACACGUUGCUAACAAUGGAGAUUGCCAAUUGUACAUAUUCUUAAUUUCAAACGGUAUUCAAAUGAGGAGACUAUUAAAAUUCGGCGACAGAUACCGUGCAAUAUCAACUUUUACCAAAUUUAUCCUGCUCCACGACAACAGGUUAUUCGAAAAAAGGUUCCUGUACCUCUGGAAGAGGAUCAUCAAUGUAAUAUUCAUAAAAAAAUUCGAAAGCAAGGUAAUUAAAAUAACCAACAGUACAAAAGAAAAUGCUUGGUUUGAGAUUACCACCGUACCUUUUCCUCUUCCUCUUACCAACAUUCUAAUACCAAAGAAAGUAGACAUAUGGGCUCAAUCUAAAUUUAGAAAGGGUGCCGAUUUGUUCCGAGACAAAACUAAAGAUCUUCAAAACCAAACACUUAAAGUUGCGAUUUUCCGCCAUUUACCGGGAGUAGAGAAAGUCAACAACAGUGAAAGUAAAAACAUGAGGGCCUUGAUGAGCACCACUCAUAAUGAAACGAGUUAUUUCGCCGGCACGGAAAUUGAGAUUUUACAAACGAUUUCGAAAUCGAUGAAUUUUAAAUGCGAAAUUUACGAACCGGAGGGAGCGGAGGAAGAAUUGUGGGGAAGAAAAUUAGUCGGUGGAAUUUAUACGGGGGUGAUAGGGGAAAUCGUCAGCACGAAAGCUGAUAUUGCUGUAGGAGAUUUCUACUACACAUCGUAUUUGCUCGAGCUAAUGGAUCUUACGGUACCUUACAAUACGGAAUGCCUAACUUUCGUAACUCCCGAAGCUUUAACGGAUAAUUCCUGGAAAACUUUAAUAUUACCCUUUUCAUCAAUAAUGUGGGGAGGAUUAAUAAUAUCCCUGUUAAUCUGUAUGGUAACUUUCCAUUACCUAGCGACUUAUUACGUGAAAGUUUCGAAAACAAAAUCGCCUGAUUCGCAAACAAAUUCAAUUUCCAAAUUCAAAAGAGUCUUAACGUUGUCUUUGCAGCCCGAUUUUGAAAAAAUCGAUCCCAAUACCAAAUACGUACUUAUGAAAGAAAAAUACCAAGUCAUCAAGAAAGAAGGACAACCAGAAGGUUUAUACCAAUUUAGUGAACCAGUAAAUAAUGCACUCUACACAUACAGCAUGUUAUUGUUAGUAUCUUUACCUAAAUUACCAACCGGCUGGUCUUUGAGAAUGCUAACCGGCUGGUACUGGCUUUACUGUUUACUAGUUGUAACCGCCUACAGAGCUAGCUUAACUGCCAUUUUGGCCAGGCCGGUCCCAAAAGUAACUAUCGAUACCGUGCAAGAGCUCGUAGACAGCAAAUUAACGUUCGGAGGAUGGGGCGAAAUCAACCUGGAUUUCUUCAAAACGUCCAAAGACCCCGCCGUAAAACAAAUCGGUGAGAAUUUUGUUAUCGUGAACGAUUCGAACGGUGCCGUCGACAGAGUGGCCGAGGCUUCGUUUGCUUUCUACGAAAACACCUAUUUUCUAAAGGAAGCUAUAGUGAAGAGGCAGCAAAGGUUCCGGUCGUUCUUCGUUAAUUCCAACGCCACGAACGCCACCAGCGAAGAACGAAAGGCCAUGCUGCAGGACGUCCAGAACGACAGGCCUCUGCACAUUAUGGAGGACUGCAUUAUCAAGAUUCCGGUUUCUAUAGCUCUUCAGAAAAACUCGCCGCUGAAAGCGCGCAUGGAUAAGUACAUCAGGCGCGUCCUGGAAGCGGGGUUUAUCAAAAAAUGGCUGGGAGAUGUGAUGCAGAAGGUUCUGAUUGCCGAGAUACAAAUAGAAGACACCGAAAGCACCAAGGCGUUGAUGAAUAUGAAGAAAUUUUCGGGCGCUCUCGUCGCGCUUUUAAUUGGUUACGUAAUCAGCAUAUUAACACUAAUAAGCGAAGUCUUGUAUUUUCAUUUUAGAGUAAAGAAAAAUCCGCAUUUCAAUACGUAUUCCAAGCAAAUUGUUAUAAAAAAGGCAAAGUGAAAAAUGCCGGGCGGUGCGGUGGCGCUUUUCUCUAAAAAGAACAGGCCUUUUUUUAGUUCCUAAAAAGAAGACACCUAAUAUUAUAUAUUUGAAAUUAAUUAUCACCAUUACUCAAUGUAUUUUUAAAUUAGAAUUAAAUAU